CGGUGUUAUUGAACAUCGAGAGUAGCCCGGCUUCGGUCAAAGUUACAAGGCAAAUCCAUUCUCACAUUCCGGAUGAAGAUAUGACUAUGGAUAUCGACGAUGAUAAAAAUCCAAAAGAGGCCGAUGAUUCAACUAUUAAGCCAACUUCUGUAUCGUUACGCAUUGCGGCCGUGGAAUAUUUAAAAAAGCAAUUUGGAGAAGCAUAUAGUAAACAAGAUUCUGAUGAUGAAAUUAUCGUUAAAGUGGAUCAGGCUAUCGCUGAAGUGAACAUUAAUACUUUGUCUAUGCCACAGGAGAUCAAAACUGAAGAUGAAACUUUCCGUGAUAGGUUGACCAACAUAUUACCUAGAGUCUUGAG